CCAGGGUAGUGAGCAGCCCAUUCACGGUGAACAAUGGUUGCCAAGUGGGGUCUCCGGGGAGGGAUGACUCUUUUCAGGUACCUCACAGGAGCCAGUCAGAGCUCAGCUUCAACACUGAAGCUUCUUCUCUUCAUUUCAGAGAAAUUCUUGUUCUCUGAUAAACCCUCAAGCCACAGUGUCUGUGAGGCAGAAAGACUUCAGUGAAUAUAAUACAUCGAACAUGGUGAAGACAGGAACAUGAUGAGAAAUUUCUAGUCAUUUUCAGGUUCCAUCUUCUGACAACUUAGCAUGGGGGAAUCAUAACAACAAGCUCUCCCUCCGGCCCUUCUGACUUGACUCACAGCCUCAUAUAUCUGUCCAACAGAAUCCUGGAACAGAGCAGCACAAAAAACUGACCCUGGUUUACCACCAUGAACUAUUGCCUAUGGAGAUACAUAUUUGUGGCAUCCUUGGUCACCAUGGGAUUCUCCCUACGAAAAAAAACAAAACAUCGUGUUGACCACAGCAUGUUACCGGAAAAGGAUGGCAUAGCUUUGCAGAUAGUCCAGGAACAAACCAACUUUGAAAUCAAGAAGCAUGUGGAAACCUUCAAGGAAAUGCAGAAAAUCUCCCCUCUGCUCCAACAUGCCACCUACACUCACCUGGCUGGAGCUGUACCCCAGGAAAAGAAGUUGCUGACGGUGGGAAUAUCCGCAGCUCAGCAUCCCCAUGGGACCUAUCUCCUGGAAACCCUACAAUCCCUCUUCCAAGCUUCCUCCACACUGGACCUGGAGUGCACCGUGGUGCUGGUGCACCUGACAGACUCUGACCCUGCUUGGCUCCAGCAGGCAGUCACCAAUAUCUCAGCGCUCUUCGCCACGCACCUGGAGGCUGGGAAGCUGCUGGUGGUCCACGGUCAUCUUGGCAGUGGAGGCGGCUUCCCUGUCAAGAGUGAGAACCGCUCCUCCCCCUGCCAGUCACUUUAUUCCAGGCAGAAAGUGGCUUAUGCCCUCCUCAUGCACUUCGCCAGCAACCUCUCCGAGUACUUCCUGCUGAUGGAGGAUAAUGUCCAGAGCACCCCCAGGUUCGUGUCUGCCAUCUACUGGACAGUGCUGGCCUGGAAGGAACUGCCUUGGCUGGUCCUAGAGUUCUCCAGCCUGAGAUUCUCCGGGAAAGUCUUCCACUCGAGUGACCUCGGCCGCCUGGCUUCCUUCUUCCUCCUCUUCCCCAAGGACACUCCCACUCACCUCCUUCUCUCCGAACUCCCUUUUUUGUCCUUUCAUAAUGUCCCGAUUCGUUUUGGUACCUCCAUGUUCUUCCACAUGGGCAAUUAUUCUGAGUCUGAGGUUGCCUGCUUUCCUGCGGAAGAGGUGGAGGAAUUCGAUGAACCAGACAACCCAGCUGCUGUCGUCUUCACUGACAUGAUGUCCAAGAAAGACCUCCCACAGUAUGCCUAUGUCCUGAGCGAGGACGUCUUCACCACCAUGGAUCCUUUGAAAGGCAACUACGUGAUGGUCGUUCUAGACAGACCGCAGAAAGUCACUCGGAUCGUGGUGCACACAGGCACUGAAAUCAAAGGGCUGUUCCGGCUGGAGCGUGGGCAAGUGCUCCUCGGCUACAACCGCCUGGAGAAUUCCAAAGGCUGCACUUCCUACACCCUUCUGGGGCCGCUGGUGGCAGGGAAUUUAGACCAGAGGGUGUUUUACGAAGAUUCUGAAGAAGAAAUGAGUUGUAUAAAAUUGCUAGUUCUAGCAUCUCAGGAAUCUUGGCUCCUGAUUAGGGAGAUCAAAGUCUGGGCAGAGCCUGAGGACAGGAGUGAGUGA